AUGGGGGUGUUUGGGCCCACGUGGCCACUCACGUGGUCGCUUGAGCUCUUCCAGAAGGUGGCCGCGCAAACUGCAGAGCAGCAGGCGAGAGGCACCGAGCAGCAGGCAACCCCUCCCGGCCUGCCAGCUUGGCAGUCGCGAAGCAGCUGUGAGGAGGAUGGUUCCGGCUGCCAACCCUCUUCUGCCUGCCCCCAGGCUCCGGGAGCCCACCUCCUCCAACUGGGAGUUCAAGCCCCAAGGAGAGCGUCCACACCGGGCGAGAAGGAAGGCCUCUCCUUGCUUCCCCGAGAUGGUUUCCCUCCAAACCCUGAGAAGCACCGUGCAUUCACUCGGACCGGGAACCAACUCUCAGUGAGACCCACAUCUUACUCCUUUGGCAGUAUCCAUGUCCCAUAAACCCUAGUCUGGGACUUCAUCACUAAUGAUUCCAAGAAGCAGAGCAACAUUAUGUACUUUGAGUUGGACCUCAUGGACUCCUACACAAUCUCUGUCCUCAGCAGCUGUCAGAUGAUGCCAAGCAAGAACCUCUAAGAUGUACUCGCCAGGGACAUCUAGUACUGCCUCAAGUGCCACUUGGAGUAUGUCAGGCUCAGGAUGCCCUCAUGGAUAUCAGACCAAUGAGGCAAGGGGCUGUAUGUAGAGUACCUCUUCACUGCCAUUGUGGGGAACUAGGAACACAAGAGGCUCAUGAUCUGAAAUGGACAUUAAGUCCUGGAGGUUACUGUCCUAGACCUGUACCUUGCCAAGGAGGCAGAGUGGCUGAGGAAACAGAUUGGGGCAGUGGAAGAGGUGGAAGAGCAGUGCCAUCCAUUGUAUGGGCUGAACCUUUCCCAGGUUAUAUUUGCUUUGGACCAGACCCUCCUGCAGCAGAAGAGCCUGUGAGCAGGCAGCCUAGGACAGGCCUUUUGCUGUGGACCAUCAAGUGGAGCCAAGUGACUUGUCAGAUCUCAGAUGACCUAUAUCAUGAACCAUCUCAUUAUACUCUAUAACUGUGGCGACCUCAGCUCUGUCAUCUUCAGCCAUAGCAGCUCCCAGGUUUCCAAUUUCAUAAAUGCCAUGCUCCAGCCUCAGGAACACAUCACUGCUCAGGAGAUCAACAGCCACUUCUGUCAAGAGCUGAUCUACAAGUGGAAUGAGAGAAUGGAGGAGCAAGGGAAGGCACUUCUGGAGGAGUUCCCUGACAAGGGCUUUUCCUUUGUUUUCCGAGCUGGCUGUUUUAUGGGCAACAACAUAGUGCUGGAUGUGUUGCAUUGCAAAGGCCAUGAGAACAUGCCCUGGCUAGAUGUCCCAUCAACAAUUGGUUGUAUCUGGGUAGACAGCAGCAAGGGGACUGGCUGCCUGGGCACCAGGGUGGCUGUUAUCUUCAGAGGCUCCAGAGGACCACAGCAUGGUCAUUUCCUUGGGGCCCAGGAGAAUGGUCAUUAG